CAUUUGUGUACAUUUUUCUUUUUUUCUUUUUUGGUCCAAAAACUCACGGCUAGUUUAUAUAGCCAUGAUUCUGACAAUUAUUGCUGCGUCUUUUAUCUUCUUCCCUGUUUCAUACGCAAUGUCACUAUUCGAUACUCUCAUAAAUAGCUCUCCACUAGUUAAUGCUCAUUACUUCCAUGACGGUUCAAGUCAUGCCCUAACAGAACAACUGGCAUCCCAGGACCGGACUCAGCACCCGCUUGUUUUUAAACAAGCCUUUGAAAAACUAACUGAAACCCGCUACGAACUCACUUAUUCAGUCAAAGCCCUGCGCGAUUCCGUCCGAUUACGCCAUCUGGAGUUUAUUAUGGACUUGCCUAUCAAAGGUCAUACUAUGAUGGCAGAAGGUUUCCAAAGCUGGAGUUUGUCCAAGGAAAUGGACAGCAACAGUCGCCUGUCAUCUAUUCCUACUCUUGUUGCCUGGAAAACUAAAUUUGAUCUUCAAAGUGAUUCUCCUUUUUAUAAUUACUCUGGAAAACCUGGUGUAAUUCACUCAAAUGGGUAUACCUAUUUCCGUGACCCAGAAGAAGAGAACAUCUUGUUCCUUGGCUCAGUAUCCGAAAACACCGGAUACACUUAUUUCCAAGCAGAUAUGAACAAGGGCCAUUUUAGUAUCUACAAAGAUAUCGAUGGCAAGAACCUCGCAAAAGGUGAAACCUUGGCCAUAAAGAUCUAUCUAGACUACCGCGAGGAUAUGAGCGCCAUCUGGAAGGAUUAUGCCGCUUAUUACCCAAAGCAAACCAAAGCUCCCCGCCGCCCAUUGACAGGCUGGACCUCUUGGUACAACACCUACGAGAAGAUCACCGAAUCAGAUGUACUGGACAACCUCAAUGCUAUCAAAGAACACAAGUACCCAAUCGACCUCUUCCAAAUCGACGACGGCUACGAAAUUGCUAUAGGCGACUGGCUUGACGUCGAUUCCGAAAAGUUUCCUCGAGGAAUGCAAAUACUGGCAACUGAAAUCAAAGAAGCAGGAUACCUUCCUGGAUUGUGGCUCGCUCCUUUUGCAGUAGGCGUAGACAGCAACAUAGUGAAAGAACAUAAGAGCUGGAUUGUGACAGACUCCCAGGGCAAUCUUCUCACCGCAGGCCCAAAUUGGGGAGGUUUCUAUAGCAUCGAUAUUUACAAUCCAGAGGUCCGCGGUUAUCUUCAACAAGUAUUUGACGUCGUUAUAGAGGAGUGGGGAUACGGUAUGCUCAAGCUCGACUUUCUGUUUGCGGCUGCCAUGAUCCCACGUAACGGAAAGUCUCGUGGUGAGAUUAUGUGGGAUGCCAUCGAGUUAAUCCAGGAGCUCACCAAUGAUCGCGCUAUUCUUCUCGGCUCCGGUGUUCCCCUUCCAUCUACCUGGGGCCGUCUGGACUAUUGCCGUAUAAGCAACGAUGCUUCACCUUGGUGGGAUAACUCUGUACUCCGACUGGCCAAUGUCAGAGAGCGUGUGUCGACUAGCAAUGCCUUGGUCUCAACCCUGCACAGAUGGCCAAUGCAGUCUAUGUUUGGUACUGAUCCAGAUGUCUUCUUUAUCCGAUCAGAAAACAACAAACUCACCGAGGAUGAACGUCACACCCUUUUCGCUAUAAACGUUAUCCUUGGCCAGAUGGCUCUGAUGUCUGACAAUGUAGACACUUAUUCCGACUCUGAGCACAAGCUUUAUGCAUCAUUAUUUCCAAAAGCAGAAACCGAAGUCGACGCAGUAAGACAGAUAUCCCCAGAUGUCUAUCAAAUAUCAUACCACAGCCACCGCCAUAACUACAGCACCUACAUAAACCUGUCUCCUGUACCGCAUUCCCUCAAGUUGUCUGAUCGCUAUUACUUCGAGCAAGACAACGUACUUUUAAGUGGACAGGUUGUGUGGCACAAGCCCUCUGAUACGAUUGAAUUACGACCACACCAGACUAGAACCCUACUUCAUGUAGAGAAUGGAUUCGCAGGAUCCACAGGACACAUAAUCCCUGGCUGGGAGAUUGAGAAUUGGGAGGGUUCUGAAGAAGGAUUAAAGAUCGAAAUUCGAGGUUCUCUAAAGAACGAAAACUUCAAGAUCUUUAUCCACAACGGCGAAGGCAUGCUCCCGGAAACAGUUUACAUCAAUGGUGAAGAAGCUGAUGUAGAACAUAUUUCUGUAGAGGGAGACCUGCACAUUGGCCAAGUAGUGGUCUGAAAACACCACGUAAUCGUUGUGUAGUAUAUACUAAUUCUAGAUUCCUUAUUGCUAACUAUCAUCUUUUAUCACAUACAUAUACAUAAAAAAAAAGUAUAAUUCCUUAUUGUAAUUUUUUUUAACAUGAUCAUGCUUUUUAAUGUACUUUAAGAUACCCCUCCAAAAAAGAAUCUUAAUAAAUUUGUGCGAUUUUAUACGUCUAAUGUCUCUUU